AUGGCGGGUGCAUCGUCGGUGUGGGGGUCAGUAUCGGAUUCGUCGGCCCAGUUCCUGUGCUGGAGGUCCAGCUCCUGUCGUGUCUCUCCGCCCGGGCUGACCGAAGGCGGUGGCGUUGCUGCGAUGUGGCAGGACAUCGAGAGCGUUCUGCUGGGAGACAGUCACUCUGGAGACCAGCGGUACCCCGCGCCGGCCUGCGCCCCAGCGGUCGACGCGCCGCCCGCUCCCGCCCCUGCACUGCCUGGCGCCGCCGCCACCUCCGCCGCUGACGGGCACAAGUACGGCGCGGGGGCGGGCGAGUACCUGGACUACGGCUACCACCACCUGCACCACCAUCACCAUCACCACUACCACUUCGGACAGGCUGCGGCGGCGGCGGCUGCGGCGGCGGCUGCGGCGCACUCCGCCGUCAAGAGUGAGCCGCACAGCCAGUGCGAAGAGGCGCCGGCGGGGCCGGCCGAGUACGGCUUCCACGGCGUGGGCGUGGGUGUAGGUGUGGGCGUGGGCGCGCCGUACCUCGGGCUGCUGGACGCCAAGCACGCUGCGCUCGAGGCCAAGCAGCCACCAGCGGGCUACCACCCGCUGGCUGCCUACCACGGCUAUCAGGCCCAGGACGCCGCCGGCCCGGACUACAACGGAACCAUGACCAUAGUGCAGGGCGCGUCGAUGCCGUACGGGCACGUGUCGCCGCCGGCGAGUCCCGACGCUCCGCGAGCGUUCGUGCAGCACCAGGGCCUCGAGGGCGGCGCCGGCCACUACGCCGGGCCGGCCGGCGGACGGCUGUCGCUGCACCCGUACCCCAGCCCAGCUCCGCCUGGCCCGCCGCCCUUCGUCGACGUGCCGUCAGCCGCGUGCAAGGUGAAGCGCGGCCGGCGCCGCUGGGGCCGCAAGAAGGUGACGACGCACACGUGCACCUACACCGGCUGCACCAAGACGUACACCAAGUCGUCGCACCUGAAGGCGCACCUGCGCACGCACACGGGCGAGAAGCCGUACCAGUGCGGCUGGAAGGGCUGCGGCUGGAAGUUCGCGCGCUCCGACGAGCUGACGCGCCACUACCGCAAGCACACGGGCGACCGGCCCUUCCAGUGCCGCCUGUGCGAGCGCGCCUUCUCCCGCUCCGACCACCUAGCGCUGCACAUGAAGAGGCACAUCUCCGUCUAGACUGGGCCACACGGACCUCGUCAGAUUCGCGUAGUUUCCGCAGAUUCGCGACCACCACAGGACCAGCGACGCUGUAUUUUCGUGGACACUGUUAUGUGAUAUAAAGCAUGAGCGAAGCGAGUGUUGAAAGCGACCUAGAUUAAUAUGAAACAAACAAAAAUUUUAUUCCUGUGAAUUCGUUCCAGUCUUUUAGUUUCUCCGCCACUGAAGGCUUUACACAUAUUUGUCACUAUACUGCUACCGUGAAAUUUCUUUCAGUGUCAUAGUGGCUGUCUGUGCUUCUAUCAUUCACAAUGUAAGAGAACACGUUUAUCAUUUGGUACUACGUGUAUAUAUUGGUACACAUCUCGGACGUCCACGGUCAACGUUACAGGUUACAGCAUGUAGGGAUCUCUUGAUUCUGUAUAAUUAUAGUAUAUGGAGUGACCAAAAUGAAACCGACGGCCCGGAAAAGUCUGGCACAAAAUGAGGUACUCUAGUUAAUCGACAACUGAACUGUUACAGAAGGUGCUGGAAAUGGCCAGUGUUGCCGUCAGUGAGGUGAUGUAUGGGUUUUGUCGAACUGUGAGAUUGUACUUUCAGUGUGCUGUUGUUGUUAUUCUAUUGUCUGGAAGUUAUUUGUUCAGCUUGCUCCACAGAUAGACCGAACAAGCUAAAUUGGAGGCCAGGAAGUUUUAUAAGCUUUGCAGAUUGCACUUUCCUCACCGAACGUUUGAUGAACUGGUGACGAAGUUGCGUAUGGGGUGUGUUCUGUUGCUCCAUCUCGGUGAAAUAUCCGUAAAAUCGUUCAUCUCCUUUCCAUACAUAAAUCGUCAAAAUCUUUUCCUCCUCCCCCUUUCUUUUCUGAUAGAGAAAAACUGGUUGCAGAUUCCUAGCUGAGAGUGAUUCUGGAAGUAUCCCCCAGGAAUAUAUUUUAUUUCUCUAUUUAUUUGGGUAUAACCAGUUUCGAAGGACGAAGCCUUGUUAUCAAGUGCUCAUGCCCGCUGAGAGUAGACACAAGCUGACAUCUUACCACCGGGUACACACAUGAGAAAAUGG